AAUAACAUUAAUGUUACAAGUAAGUGAUGCGGUUUUGUUGUUUUGGCGCGUCUAGUCAUGAUAAAAAUUACGGAAAACCGGUAGAUUUAUGACAUAUUCACUGUCAUUUUUCAUUCUUCCAUGAAACCUCAUGGUUCCUUAAGAUUCAUUUGUAAACCCCUAUCAUCAGAAUGAAUGGAGAAGUGCCAAGUGUUCCCAUUACAACUCUUGCAGGAAUAGCAAGUCUCACAGACUUGUUGACAGAGUUGCCCCUGCCCUCGCCCCUUCCUAGUGCAAUCAACAGCAAAGGCCUUCUCUACACACCCCAAAUAGCAGAAGAAGCCCAGCGAUUGCUAGGGAGGCAGGAUGAAAACCUGAUUCCUCAACUCCUUCAUGUCCUUAGCCAGACAGAUACUGAUCACAUAGAGCUAAAAGACAAGACCGCGAGCAAUGAGGUAGAGGGUGAGGUACCUGCACUUCUUCAAGCCAUUCUUGCCCGCAAUCCAAAUGUGUUUAAAUCAAGGGUGGAACAGUUAAGUGGCAGUGGAUCUGGACAACAUAGUUCAUACUCUCCCCGAGGUGGCCCAAGUAAUUCUUCUUCCCCUGGUGCAAGUACUCACGGAAACCAGCAUCAAUUCCAACAACCUGGCUCUGUGUCUGCACAAGGGUCUACUCAAGCACCUCUCAAUGGCUAUGCUGCUAACCAGUUUUCUCCUGCCCCAGCCAGUAGUCCUAUGUUCCCAGCCACCCCACCUUCUGUUGGAACCCCAAACUCUCAGACAAGGUCGCAGAGGUCACCGUCAAGAGCUCCAGCCACAGCCACGAGAGAAGAUGAAAGGCAAGGUGUGAACUCUGUGCAUAAUAAUGAAGUCACAGAUGGAAGAGGGCGCCCUACUAGAUCCCAGUCAUGCUCUUCUGAAACAAAUCAUACGAAUUCCAACAACCAGCCAGAUACUCCAGUUGACACCCAGGGGGAGUCUUCAGCGGGCAUGCUUGAAUCAGACAAUGCAGAUGCUGGGAGAUCACGCUGGUCGUCGAAGCGGAAGAAACGGAAAGACAGGAAAGAUAAAGACAAGAAAGAAAAGGACAAGAAAGACAAAGAUGAAGUCAGUUACAACAUCAUUCAAUCCCCAACGCAUUCAGGGCUACCCAAGAUCACUCUGAAGAUUGCUCGGAAGCCUGUAACAUCUCCAAAAGCCAGUGAGAGUGAACCAUCCACCAGUGGUGAACAAUCCAAACCUCCUAGCGUGGAACCAUCAAAACCUGCAAGCACUGAACAACAACAUACGUCACAUUCUGAUAUCAAAACUGAAGUGCCUGACCAAAGAUUGCAACCCGAUAUCAACACGCAGCACCAGGAUGGUGUCCAUCAAUCACAAUCAAAGGAAUCGAGAACUGAACAAAGAGUCAGUGAGCCAAACAGGACUCCAGGAAGCCAUCAGCAACAUGUAGAUAAUAAAAACAAUAGCAUUGCUGGUCCGCCAAGGAAAAGUGUUUUGAGACUUAGGAACGAAACAAACAGUGAUGUGCAAAAUAAAGCAGAAGUGGUGCAAAAUAAACAGGAGCAAGUGCAUAAACCGGAAGAGUCGUCAAGAACUCAUAUUAAUAAAGGUCAAGGGGAUGCAGAUUCAACUCCAGUGCCAGCACCUGCCCCUGCAAAAGCCCCUGUGCCUGUUGAGAGUGCACAUGAAAUGGACAAGGAAGAACCGAUGGAUGCAGAACCAUCAGUUCCAUCAGAACAUGCACGUGCCAAAGCAGCCCAGCCUAGGGUUGUCCUAACUAAGCUCUUACCCUCCACCAUUGAAGAAGAUUUGAUUCCAAUGAAGCUUGAUGGCAGAGGAAAGAAACGAGGAAGAGGAUCUGUUAAUUACUGUGAGAUUUCCCCCAGCAGUAGCCCACGCCACCGUCCCUCAACGGUCAAUGCAAUGGACAAUGAUUGGGGCCCACCAGCGACUGCUGCUCCUGCAGCAUCAAGCAGCAGAUCACCAUCCCAUUCCAGACUGAAGGCUCCUUCACCAGUCCCUGAAGGUCCACCUCAGGAGAACGCUCCCAUCUUCAUUGAGAGGAAUGAGGCAGAAGAGGAGGAGGCAGAGAAAGAAGAGAGACCUGCUAAACGGGCAAAGAAGGAAGAGAAACCCAAAAAGAAAAAAGGCCAGACAGAUGCAGAGUACGAAGAACUCAUGGACACACCCACUUUCAAGAGGUUCAACACUGCCAUAGAUGCUGUUUUUGAAAAUUCUGAAGACAUGGAAGUAAAUGUUGACACUGGCGAUGAAGAAGAGGAGGAGUAUGCACCUGAUACACUGAUAUCCAAACCUUUACUGGCUGAUCUUGUCAAUGAAGCUGCUAAGCUCAAGUCACUAAGUGUCAUGAAUCAGGUAAAGACUGAACGGUUAGUGAGAUUACUGAACAUUCUGGAAAGGAAUAUCAGAGAUGGUACAAAGGUCAAUCCAAACGACCAGGAUGAGCAGAACCCUCGUGAGCAACGCUUGUGGCGUGAAGUGACCAUGGAACGGGUGACCCGGUCAGUGGAUUCCUCCUUAAUAGCCCUCUACAUCAUGACCUCUGAAGACAUGCCAAAGGAAGUCUUCAUUGAAGAUGUCAUUGACAGGUUGUCUCAGCUGGCCAAGUUCCAACUCACCAAUACUAUCUAUCCAGAAUUUGACCCUGUCUACAGGGUCAACCCCAAGAAAGAAGUGAUAGCCACACAUACAAAGCUGAAGAGAGCCAGAGCUGGUGAAGUGAAGGAGAAGUCUGUUCUGAUGGUGUAUAACAAGCUGUGUUCACUUGUCACAAAUCUUGCCGAACUUCUAAACCUCCAGAUACUCACAGAUUCAACGGUCCUCCUGAUUUCAUCAAUGGGUACAGCUCCUUUCUUUGUUGAGAAUGUCAGUGAACUUCAACUGAACUCCUUGAAGCUGAUCUCUGCUGUGUUCUCAAGGUAUGAGAAACAUAGACAACUCAUCCUGGAAGAUAUCUUUGCCUCUCUUGCCAGACUUCCAUCAAGUAAAAAGAACCUUAGAAACUUCAGGUUGAACAACACAACCAACAUUCAGAUGGUUACUGCUCUUGUAUUACAACUCAUUCAAGGUGUAGUAGUGUUCAAUAACCCGGAUGGUGAUAGCAAUGCAUUGGACCAAUACGACGAUGUUGAUGAUGAAGCCUCAAAGCAGACAGAUCAAGGUGUGCUAGUAGUCAAUGCUUAUGAGACAGCAGUGAGAACGGGACAGAACUUCCUCUCCGUGUUCUUGAAAAAGUGUGUCAGCAAGGAUGAGGAAGAUUACAGGCCUCUGUUUGAGAACUUUGUUCAAGAUCUACUGUCAGCAGUCAACAAACCUGAAUGGCCGGCAUCAGAACUUCUACUUAGUCUGCUUGGGAGAUUGCUGAUGCACCAGUUCAGCAAUCGUUCCAAUGAGAUGUCAAUGAGAGUGUCUUCCCUGGAAUACCUUGGUCAGGUUGCAAGCAGACUGAGGAAGGAUGCUAUAUCAAGUGUGAUGGAUGAAGAUAGACUCAAUACCAUUGUCAGAGAGAUGAGGGGCGGUAGAGAGUCACCUGUUGGGGAUGGUAAACCAUGCGACAAACUAGACUAUGUCAUGAACCUACAGCAGGCUAUGGUGGACUACCUCAGCUAUAACAGCCGCAAUGAUCCAGCAAUCUUGUUUUCAAGGCAAUUCUUUCUUGCCCAGUGGUACCGAGACACCAACGCAGAGGUGGAACAGACCAUGAAAGCUCCUCAGUCCAAGAAGAAGAAGAAAGACAGUGAUGAUGAGGAUAGCGACGAUGAGGAUGAAGACAGCGAAGAGGAGGAGGAAGAGGACAAGUCCCGUGAAUCAGUCCUAAAGACAGCAGAGAUCCUGAGAGCAGCAGAGAAGAGGAAAAAGUUUCUUAUUUCUGCUAUCAAGGUCAAGAAACCUGCUUUAUCAAUCAGGAAAGGAAGGAAUAUCAUCACUUACGAGAGUGCUGCGUUUGUAGUUAGGUAUCUUGCUUCAAGAAGACCUUUCUCACAGAGUUUUGAUAUCUACCUUACACAAAUCUUGAGAGUAUUAAACGAAACAGCAGUUGCAGUCCGAACGAGAGCUAUGAAGUGCCUAUCACAAGUAGUAGCAGCAGAUCCCAAUAUACUGGCCAGGGCUGAUGUUCAGAAGACCGUUCAUUGUCGGUUCAUGGAUCAGUCCACCAGUGUAAGGGAGGCAGCAGUGGAGUUAGUCGGGAGAUUUGUGUUAAUGCAGCCGGAGCUAACAGAUCAGUACUAUGAAAUGCUUAUUGAAAGAAUAUUGGACACUGGAAUCAGUGUGCGAAAACGGGUGAUCAAGACUCUCAGGGAUAUUUGCAUUGAUCAACCUGAAUUCACCAAGAUUCCAGAGAUAUGCGUUCGUAUCAUCAGGAGAGUCAAUGAUGAGGAAGGCAUCAAGAAAUUAGUGAACGAGACAUUUCAGAAGAUGUGGUUCACACCGAUGCCGAAUCAAAACAAGAACCUACUACUUCAGAGGGCUCUUAACAUCAUAGAGGUGGUAGCAGCCAGCAAAGAUACAGGCUAUGACUGGCUGGAGCAACUCCUUACAAAUCUUCUGAAAGGUGAGGAGGAUGCCCACUACAAGCCAGUCCAGAAAGCAUGCGUUCAGGUCACAGACUGCCUGGUGGAGCAUGUGCUUCGGCUUGAGAGGGGAUCCGCCGAGGUAUCAGAAGAGGGCAAGGCAAGCAGUAAGAGGCUAGUCUCAUGUCUUCAGACCCUGUAUCUCUUCAGCAAGGUGAAACCCACGCUGAUGGUGGCGCAUGCGACCACUCUUCAACCCUACCUCAGUACAAAAUGUGCAACGCAACGAGAAACGAUGGUGAUCUCCAACGUUGCCAGGAUCCUUGAGAUGGUUGUACCUCUGAUGGAUCAUCCUAGUGAAGUAUUCCUGGCCAGCCUAGAAGAAGAUAUGAUGAGACUUAUCCUCAAACAUGGACAAAUGGUGCUUCAAAGUUGUGUGAGUUGUCUAGGGUCAAUAGUGAACAGAGUGACCCACAACUAUAGACUAGUCAGAGACUGCUUUCAAAAGUACUUUACAAUUCUAGCCAAGAUGAAGACUGACCAUGAUUCAAGUUCAGAGAGCCCUAUCAGCAAGAACAAACCAGUCUUACUCAGGUCUCUCUUCACCGUUGGUCUCUUCUGUAAGCAUUUUGAUUUCGAUGCUGGUCUCAAGCACUCCAAGUCAUCACCCAAGGUUCCUGUGAGAGACCGGGUGUUUGAUGUCCUGCUGUACUUCUGCAACCGAGAGGAUGAAGACAUCAAGCUAAAAGCUUUGAGCGGCCUAGGGUUCCUGUGCAAUCGUCAUGCAGACUUCAUGCUGACAACAGAAGUCAAAGACCUAUAUUGGAAAAUCCUCACUGAUCCUUAUAUAUCUGUCAAGCAACUGUGCCUAGUGGUGAGAAAUCUUCACUUAUAUCUUGUAGAAGAGGAUGAGAGGAUGAGACAAGCAGAUGCGGAAUGGAAAGCACAUGCCAAAGAAGAAGAUCUAAAGGAGAUGGGUGAUGUACAGUCAGGAAUGAGCAGUUCUGUAAUGCAGAUGUACCUGAAACAAGUAAUGGAAUGCAUGCUACACAAGCAAUCUAUGGUUAGGAUGGCAGCAUUACAGGUCAUUGUUCUAACAUUAGGACAAGGUCUGGUUCAUCCUGUUCAGUGUGUACCUUACCUCGUUGCCAUGGGAAGUGACCCGGAGUCUGCCAUCAGGGUGAAAGCUGACCAACAACUGACACACAUUGACCAAAGAUAUCCAGGUUUCAUUCAGAUGAAAGCCUUAGCAGGUUUGAAGAUGUCCUACAAGCUUCAAGAAAUACUCAACUCUGAAACAGAAGAGUACAUUCGUGGUAUGAGGGAGAGAGAUAACCACCAUUAUGCCCUAUGCAGUCAUCUUUAUUCAAUGAUCAGGUCCAACAGAUCACACCGGAGAGCCAUCCUGCUUAGUCUACUCAAUCUCUUCGAUGAACAUGUGAAAAGUGACUUGAAUCUGUUGGUUUUUGUGGCCGACAAUCUUUCAUCGUUCCCCUACCAAGCACAAGAUGAACCUCUCUUUAUUAUGCAUCACAUAGAAAUUAUUGUUUCUGUAUCAGGAGCAAAUUUACUACAGUCUUUCAAAGAUAGCUUUUGUAGCAACCAACCAUCCAGACCGCCCUCAAGAGCGUCUCAGAAUUCCGACUCUGGCAGGCCCAGUAGGACAGCCUAUGAAGAUGAUGAUGAGGAUGAUGCAGAAAGCCUCAUUGAGCGAAUUCCAGAAGAACCCACCCAGCUCCUUGAGUGUUGUGUAGCCUCUCAGGCUGUUAUCAUGCUGCUAGUUCUCAAGCAACAUCUCAAAGACCUUUAUGGAUUCAGGGAUAACACGAUACACAGAUACUCACCAACGGAAGCUGCCAAGGUAUAUGAGAAGGCUGUCAAUAGGAAGUCAUUGGUACACUUCAACCCUGCCAGAGCCUUGGACCUUCUCAAGACCGGCCAACCCAAGCCACCUCUCAGUGAGCAAGAAAAGAAAGAUAUAGUGGAGGAGUACUUAGAUUUCAAGCAGCUGAUGGAACUAAUGGAUGACAGUGAGGAUGAGGAGGAAGAUGGUGGGAAACCUAAGGCUGGUUCAGGACCAGGUACUCCAGUCAGGAAUCAGACUGGAGAGGAUGGUGAGGUGAAGGAAGAAGUAAAGGAGGAAGGAACCAAUCACAACGAAGCAGGGGGAGGGGGCUCAACGAGUCCAGCAGCUGCAAGGAAAACACCCGAACCAGCACACAUACCAUCCAGUAGAACAAGACAAGUCAGAAAACAUUCUGCCGAAGACGAGGAUUCCUCGGAAGAAAGCAUCCCCUCACCAGUACCAGUAGCCAAGUCAAGAGCCAGGUCAAGGACGCCAGCGCGGAGUAAAAGCAGGCAAGGCGGAAGAGGAGGUAGUUCGCGGAAAAGGCCACAGAAGAAACGCAGGAGAAGGAUUGAAACCAGCGAUGAAGAAGAUGAUGACGAUGAGGACUCCGAGGACCCAGACUGGUAGAUCAUCCUAUCUUCAGAUGGAAGCUGGGUAAUCAGAUCGGUAACUUUUCUCAUAUCAGGAUGUAGUCAUCGUCCUUCAAGGAUUCCGAAGCUGUGUUUCCAUUGAUGUCUUGCUCUCAACAAUUGUCUUUACCUUGUGGUUCAACCUACUACAUUGUCAAGGAACAAAACUGAAUAUUUGUUCUCUCUUUUUUUGUCCUUUUCUCUGUCUUUUAUUCUUCUCUACUCCAUUCUAUUCUCUUUCCCCCUCUCCAUCUCUGUCUCUCUCUCUAUCUAUUUAUCUCUCUAUCUAUCUAUCUAUCUAGAGCUGUCUCUUACUUGACCCAAUUUCUUGUCUCUCCCUUCAGCUUGUGCUCAAUUUUCUAUAUAAGCCAUUUGAAAUAUUCAAAGACAUAUUUUUGUAACUUUUACUCUCUAACAUAGUCAAGAAGAACCUUCAACCUGUUUUGAAAUCUGAAUAAUUUUGAUUUGCUUAUUGUAAAGAAGAAAACAUGAUCUCUCUUUCACUUUCCAUUUCAAGUAAUUUUCAAGUCUGUAAAGUUGUUAAAUGCAUUCAGCAAUUCAUUAAGAAUAAUGUGGGUUUUUUAUUAGGUCAUUUGCUAUUAUCUUUUGAUAUUGAAUUGGCAAUGAAAAUCUACAAAAUCUGUUUAAAAAAACCUAGCUAUUUGCAUUGUUAAAAUGUCACCUUGAUUAGAAUUAUAUUAAAAAGAUACAUUGCUGUUUUGUUAUGAUUUGAAAAAAUUAACAGCUUAAUUACUGUAUCUGUUCGUAUGUCCAUUUAUUUUUGGAGAAAGUAAUUAUUUUUUGUAUAUUCUUAAUGAUCCAGUAUGUAAUGGAAUCAAGUGAACUGCACAGAGUUGCUUACUUCCGAGUCUUUUAAGUCCACUCGAGGACGCUGUAGUAUCAGUGAUAUGUUGAAAAUGAAAUAUGAAUUUGAUUUGUUUUCUAUAAUAUACAUUGUAUUGCAUGAGACUUGUAUGCUUGUUUUGAUUUUUUUUUUUUACUAGCCAUAAUAAUUCAUGACUGACUUGGUGCUUUCUAUUUAAUCCAAAACAUUCCUGAGAGUGUGGACAUGAAGACCAAUCGAUCACUGUAAAGCCAUGUUCAUACAUACGGCGACUAAGCUCAUCAGCAUUUUUAGCCCCAGACAUUGUUCUGCCAAUCAUCCCAUUUAACAUACAUCAAGUAUCAAAUAAGAUCCUGGCGAGAGUUAUGACACAUUUUUGCAAAUUUUUUUGGGAAAGGGGAAUCCUCUGCUUCUUGAAAUGAGGUGAAAAAAAAACUGCUUUCUAAUCUUGCUUCUUUUUUAUUAGUAGUGAAGGCACAAUCUUCUUCAAAUUCAAACUCAUUGCAAAAUUUCUGUGGUUUAUUCACAAUUCAGAUGUUACUCUGCGCUUAUACCGAUGAGUAGUUCACAGAAGUGUCGGGUUUAUAUUACACAUUUAUAUUGUUUCUAAUACAUGAAUAAUAACAAUGAUUUUAAUUAGAUACUUUAUUACUAAUAUUUUUCACAAAUUCACAAAAUAACAAAUGAAUUUCAUUUUAAAAAGGAGAGUAAACAAUGAGGCAAGGUGUGAUGACAAACAAGACUUUUUCAAAGCAUUACAGUCAGGGGUGUGAGAGUUCAGAUUUUUAUCUGAUUUCAGAUUUUUUUCCGUUUGGAUUUUUAGCUUAAUUUCAGCUUAUUUUUGGCUUUCCUCUGUACAAAAAGUAUGGGAGCUCUUUCUAUUUCAGACUUUUUCUACAAGUUUCAGCUUUUUUCAGAUCUUUUUAUUUGUGACCACUCACACCCCUGUACAGUGAAUUGGAUUGCAUAUUUCUAUUAAAUUAAAUUUGGUAAUAAUAAAAUUAAGGUCAAGGAGAGACCUAAUAAGUUCUUGUUGCAUAUGACUUGUAUUAGAUUUUGAUUGGUAUUGUUCAAUGACAUAUUCUAUUCAACAAGCCUUGAAUAGAGUUUUUUUUUUAAGAAAAAAAGUUUCUGCUUUUCAUUACAACUUGUGCUAUAACUUCACUGCUGACCCCCCAAAAAGAACUUAAUAUAAUCUGUUUUUCCUGGAUCAUGAAAUAUAUUUUAAUCUGUUUUAUGAAAGAAUACUCUGAAAGUACCAAUAUGACAAUCAGACAAAUCAUACUGAAUUAUCAGUUAAAUUUCGGAGAAAAAAAAUUAAUGCUAUUUUUGGAAUAUAAUAUAUGAUGAAUAUUUGCAUUAUUUGUAUUCUUUAAAUCCAUUUCUGUCAUAAUGAGGUAAAAUUUACCUACAAGGAAUAAUGUCAAAAGUAUAUGUUUCUCUCAUUAAUUUAUUUAUAUGAAUGAUUUUGGAAAAUUAACCAUUUUCAUUUUCAAAUAAUGUAUUUAUGGGAUGAAUGAUGUGAUAAAAAUCAAGAAAUCUUAUUUGGAGUGGUUUCAUAUCUGUAUUUUUGUAGAAGAAAGUAAUUUAUGACUUUUACUAAUUCCAGUAGAGUAUCCACUUAUACUCACAUGUCAGUGGGGAGUUUCAUUGUGUAUUUAUCACAGUGUAGGAAGAAAGAAGGAAAUGAUUCAUUUUAUUCCAAAUCUAUUAGGAACAGGUUUGUGUACUUACCAAGAUCUUGGUUAUGUUUGACACCAAUUACUUGCAGUGGAGAUGUGUUGGUAUCAAUGUCACACAGGUGUCUACUGAAUCACUUUGUAGAUGAGAUUAAUAAAAAAAUAUUGAGUGCAUGGCAUUUGUAUUACAUUACAUCAUUGGCAACUGCUCGCAGGUGACAUCACAAAAUCAACAUUAUUAAUUCUUAUAUUCUUUGAUGGAUUUUAAUCAAGCGUUCAUCAAUAUUCUCUUUUUCUCUGAUUUUACAGCUUCUAUUAAAAUCAACUUAUCGUCAGGGUGAACUUCCCCUUUCAAGGUUGAAUACCAUUGGUUACCAUUGAUUUUACAUUUUAAGCAAUUUGUCCCCCAUUUGGUCAUUGAUACUCUAAGCAUAUUGUUUCUGAGAUGAUUGCUUCAAUUUUUGUGAGGUCACAGAAAGUUCAAAAGUGUAACUAAGUAAAAUCAGAUUUAGUAAGUUACUAGUAAAACACCAUGUGAUAAGAUACCAGUAUGAAGUAUUUGUGAUGGUGUUGUGCUACUGUGCUUUUCAUUAUUUCAAAAAUAAUGAUGAUGAAAAAUGAAUCAAUUUUCUGUAUGGUCAUUAUUACAAGUAUUUUGAUAGCAUAACUAAUAUAGCUGAUAUUAUAACCAUGGCUGUAAAGUUUCACAAGCUUGAAAAUAUCUGUCUUGAAAUCCUUUCCUUUAAAAAUUCAGUAUUGCAUUUUUGUUUGUUUGUCAUAUGGAAAUAAUUGUUAUAUCAUAAUACCUUGCCACACAGCUUCUAUUGGCUGCUACCACCAUCUCUCUUUCUCUCUCUCUCUCACUCUGUCUUGUGUCCCCUUCUCUCUCUCUCCCAAAGACUUUCAGUCCAGUUGAAACAAAUUGGAAUAAACUAGUAGUAUGAUGGAAAUUAAAUUUAUAAAUUAAAC